CCAGGACCCUGAGAUCACCAUCUGAGCCGAACUAAAGAGUCGGUCACCCAACUGAUUGAGCCACUCAGGCGCCCCAGGUUUUCAUUUUAGAGUUUUGUAUAAUACUUGUAUUUAUACUUUAAGAAAUAUGAGAAGAUGCCCUCUAAUUCAUGGGAAAUUAUGUAUGGCUUUGUGUUGUCAGCGUUUGGAAUUAACCAGAUAUGAAGGUGAGUUUGUCAUUUUGUUUUUCACCGGAAUGCCUUUAUGUUUUUGUCUUGUUUGUCCUUGAUUACAAUUUUAGUGCAAACAUACUCUUGGAUGAUCAAUUCCACCCCAAACUAACUGAUUUUGGCAUGGCACACUUCCGACCCCACCUGGAACAUCAGAGCUCUACCAUAAGCAUGACCAGCAGCAGCAGUAAACAUCUGUGGUAUAUGCCCGAAGAGUACAUCAGACAGGGCAAACUUUCCAUUAAAACGGACGUCUAUAGCUUUGGAAUUGUAAUAAUGGAAGUUCUGACAGGUUGUAAAGUGGUGUUAGAUGAUCCAAAGCAUAUCCAGCUGAGGGAUCUCCUUAUGGAAUUGAUGGAGAAGAGAGGCCUCGAUUCGUGUCUUUCAUUUCUAGAUAAGAAAGUGCAUCCCUGUCCUCGGAAUUUCUCUGCCAAGCUCUUCUCAUUGGCAGGCCAGUGUGUUACCACGCGGGCAAAGUUAAGACCAUCAAUGGAUGAGGUGCGUACACGUGGUUUUAUUCAAAACCAAGCCCACAGAACCAUGGAAAAUCUAAAUUGGAUAAAUUAUGUCUGAGUGAAUUCUUUAU